AUAUGCUGCUAUAAUUUCCAGCAUCGGCGUGCGAGCGGUAAUUCAUUCUUAAAGGUGUUGUCUUGGGGAGAUGUGCCCUUUGUAUGUAACUAUAUGGCUUCUAGAUUGUGUGGUAGGAUUUGGAUAUGCUGCCAGAUAGCCUUGUUUUUUUUUCUUUUUUUCUUUUUUGUCAACGCCGAGUUGAUAUGCAUUAAUGCUUAGCUUUGCUUGCCAUUGUUUGAAUAAUUAAUAAUAUAUGAUUUUGUGCAUCAUACAGAGGCCGGGGGUAUUUUUCUCCUUUUCGAUUUGUUUUUUGGAAUCUACAUACCAGAUUUUUCAUUUUUGCGGGUAAAUGUACAUACCACAUUGCCGUGUGAGACAUGCAACACAGCCAUCCGCAGAUCGGUAUGCAGUGCACAUUGCCCCAACACAAAUGACUUGACCACCAGCUGUAGCUGACCGUAGUUCUCAUACUCUUGGUCAGGCACGGCAGGUUCGGCAGACUUCCAUGGCCACGGCUGACCGUCUCUCAUACGUUUUAGACUUGCAUGACCAAGGUUGGUAAAUUAUUCUAUUCGGUGUUGCAAGAUGCUAAUUUAUCUAACAAACGCGACUUAAAUCUCAACUUCAACUGGAAGGCACCACAUGUUCAUACAUGCCGUACCUGUGCAGCAUGUAAUAAUAAUAAAGUUUGAGUGACAACUUGACUUUGGGCGGCGGGCUUUAUAAAGCCAUGCCAUCAACCUGCUUCAGCCGCGCUGAUCGAUUGCGUGGGUGACCCUAGCUGAAGGUCCUCCGAGUUGCUGGCCUCCGUAUAGAUCAGUAAGUUCUCUUUUCUUGCCUAUCAAAUGCAAUGUAUCCUUAGAAGGUUCCUAUCAAAUGCCUAUCAAAUGCAAUAUCGCGGGAACGCCCGUGUGGGCAAUGAGUGCUAAUAAGAAAUGAAUAGUACCCUAUAAACUCUAUGAAAGUAGGCUAAAAAACUUGCAUCCAUGUCUGUAAUAGGAACAUUUUGGAAUGACAGCAAAUAGAAAAGUGUUAUCACAUGUGCUCCAAAAAGCAAAACCACGCACACGCACUUGAUUAUUGAUGGGUGCAUGUGCAUGUCUCGAGUACACACAAGUCGCACCUAAGUUACUGACUCGUUUUACAGUGUUCUUACAGUACAACCCCCAUCGCAUCUGGAGUGCAAAUAUGGAAUUUCCGGGAGUCCUUUGGCUAGCAUUUGUUCCUAUUUCCGUUGCAGUCGUGUCGAUCAUGAUGGCACGACGACGGGCGACGUCCUUCCUAACAACCAAACGAUCACCUCCUCCGCCGCCCACGGCCGCAGGGGCUCCCUUUCUUGGCAUCCUCCCAGCACUUGUCGCCAAGGGCCCGCUGCGAGUGCUCCGCGACGCCCACGCGGAGAUGGGGAGCGUGUUCACGGUGAGACUGUUGCAUCGCAAGGUCACCUUCCUGGUCGGGCCAGACGUAUCGAGCCAUUUCUACCAAGGGCUGGAGUCAGAAAUCAGCCAGGAUGAGGUCUCACAGUUCACCACUCCGACCUUCGGGCCCGGCGUCGCCUUCGACGUGGAUUUCGUCACUCGGCGCGAGCAGUUCCGCUUCUUUGGCGACGCAAUGAAGCCGGCCAAGCUCAGAACCUACGCCCGCCUCAUGGUGCGCGAAGUGGAGUACUACUUUGCGAGAUGGGGACAGUCCGGCACGGUUGACUUGAAGCAGGAGCUAGAGCACCUCGUCACACUCGUCGCCAGCCGAUGCUUGUUUGGGGAGGAGGUUAGGGCGAAGAUGCUGGUCGAGGUCGCAACGCACCUCCGUGAACUAAACGACGGCAUGCGCCUCGUCACCAUCCUAUUCCCGCACCUGCCGAUCCCGGCGCAUCACAGACGUGACAAGGCGCGCGCUAGGCUCGGCGAGAUAUUCUCCGACAUCGUCAGCUCCCGCAAAGCAAGCUGCCCUGAUGGCAGCCGAAACGUCGUCGAUGACAUGCUCCAGUGCCUGAUCGAUUCCAGGUACAAAGACGGUCGCGCCACGACCGAGACGGAAGUGGUCGGAAUGCUGGUCUCUGCGCUGUUCGCGGGCCAGCACACAAGCUCCAGCACGGGCACGUGGACCGGAGCGCGCCUCCUCGCGCGCGCCAACGCCAAGCAUCUGCGCGCUGCCGUCCAGGAGCAGGAGCGGAUCAUGGCGCGGCAUGGGGACCGCGUGGACUACGAGGUCCUACAGGAGAUGGACACCCUCCAUCGCUGCGUCAAGGAGGUUCUGCGGCUCCACCCGCCGGCGAUGAUGCUGUUGCGCCAUGCGCGCCGGAGCUUCACGGUGCGGACAAGCGAGGGCGUCGAGUACGAGGUCCCUGAGGGGCGUACGGUCGCGAGCCCGCUGGUGAUCCACAACCGUCUCCCGCAUGUGUACAGGGAUCCGGAGUCGUACGAGCCGGACCGGUUCGGCCCCGGCAGAGGAGAGGACAGGGCAGGCGGGGCGCUCUCGUACACGGCGUUCGGUGCUGGGCGGCAUGCGUGCGUCGGCGAGGCGUUCGCUUACAUGCAGAUCAAGGUGAUAUGGAGCCAUCUCCUGAGGAAAUUUAAGAUGGAGAUGGUGUCGCCGUUCCCUGAGACGGACUGGAACGUGGUCAUGCCAGGGCCCAAGGGGAAGGUCAUGCUCCGCUACAACAGAAGAGGGAUGUCGACGGCCGCCUAAAUCAUGAGCCCACAGAGACGUACGCUACGCGGAUGUGACCGUUUGCUUUGUCCUGGCACCAAUAAAUUACCGAUCUCGCCUAAGUUGAUCAACCGUUGCGCCAUGCACAGUUGAUCUACUGUGUUUUUUCGACAAGCCAACGCUAUAGUGCACUUUCCUGAGUGACAUACUUUACGUGUGUGUCCACCUCGUUUUCUUCUUGAGUGAGACUAGAGCUAAAUACUUUACGCC